UAUAUACCAUCCUCCUUUACCAUUCUACUCAUCACUCAACUUUCUCAUUCUAUCUUAACCAAAACAUCGAUUUAUACUAUAUACAAUUCCAUGGCUUCUUCACUCAUAGUCAAAACACUAUACCUUGCUCUUUUCAUCUCCCUCUUCGGCUUUUCCUUAGCGGCGAGGCGGCUAGAUGAGUCGACUCAGCCAAUGACCUUCCAGUACCAUAAGGGUCCACUCCUUAACGGUAAAAUUACAAUUAACCUGAUUUGGUAUGGUCAUUUUAAACCUGCCCAACGUGCCAUCGUUUCUGACUUUAUGACGUCCUUAUCAUCCUCUCAGCACGAAUCCCAACCCUCUGUUGCCACGUGGUGGAGUUCCGUUGGCAAGUAUCACCGCCUUGCGGAUCCCAAGAAAAACACUACCCCACUCUUUCUCUCUUUGGGAAAGCAAGUCAUAGAUGAGGCAUACACCUUAGGAAAGUCCCUCACAAACAAGCACCUUUUGGAGUUGGCCUCCAAAGGUGGUCAACCAGUCAACACUGUCAACGUAAUAUUGACCGCUUCUGACGUGGCAGUAGAAGGAUUUUGCAGUAGCCGAUGUGGAACCCACAAAAGUACCUCUCAAAAGUCCACCUACAUAUGGGUUGGUAACUCCGAGACCCAGUGUCCGGGUCAAUGCGCUUGGCCCUUCCAUCAGCCCAUUUACGGCCCACAAAGCCCACCAUUGGUUGCACCAAACAACGAUGUGGGCCUUGACGGUAUGGUGAUCAACUUGGCAUCCCUAUUGGCCGGGACCGUGACAAACCCGUAUGGAAACGGGUACUACCAAGGCCCAAAGGAUGCCCCACUUGAGGCUGCCUCAGCUUGCCCCGGUGUAUAUGGGAAAGGGGCUUACCCGGGUUAUGCCGGGAGCCUCUUAGUGGACCCCACAACCGGUGCUAGCUACAAUGCUAAUGGUGUGAACAAGAGGAAGUUUUUGCUUCCUGCUUUAUAUGAUCCUACCACUUCAUCUUGCUCUACUUUGGUGUAAAAAUAAUUAAAUUAGAAUUUAGAUGAAAAGAAAAAAAAAAUACAAUGAUAAGUUUUCCAUAGUGUAAAAAUAUUAGUUUUGGUUUAUGACAUAUUAUUUGAUUUGUAAAAGUUGGUUUGGUUGAGAAUUAUGAAUGUAUAAUACUAUGAGUUUUCCAAA